AUAGACAGUUAGGUGAAGGUCGGAACGAAACGGAAGCUUAGUUCCGGGAGUGUUGGGUUCACAACAGAUUCAAUGUGUAUAUAUAGCUGGGCUGCUGUGGACUGCGCACACAACAUUCGGGGAGAUCACAUUAGAAGAAUAUCAGAACAAUGGCUCUUACUGAGGAUACCCUGAGGAAACCCACAGACCCACUGCAGGAAGGUCUUGAACUACGCAUGUACAGUAUGCGCAUGUGUCCGUAUGCACAGCGAGCCCGGUUGGUGCUAGCAGCCAAGGGGGUUAAAUACAACUGCAUUAACAUUGACCUGAACAACAAACCUGAUUGGUUCUUUGACUAUAAUCCCUACGGCGAGGUCCCAGUUGUCAUUCACAACGGCAACAAUGUGUACGAAUCGCUGAUCUGUGCAGAAUACCUUGAGGAGGCCUUCUCAACACCUAUCCUUUACAGUUCCGAACCCAUGAAGCGUGCCUGGGAGAAGAUAUACUUCAACCACUGGACCAAAAAGGGUAUUCCAGCUUUCUACAGUCUUCUGAAAGCUGGCCAUCUUGACCCAGAACUGACCAACAGGCUGAACGAACAUGUGGCAACUAUGGAUCAGUUCUUGAAGAAAGCUGACACUCCAUAUUUCCAUGGCAACGCACCUGGUUUCCCGGACUACAUGAUCUGGCCUUGGUUUGAGAGAAUCCCGAUGAUGGGACAAAUAACUGGCUACAAGAUGGACGAGACCAAGUACCCAACCAUCACUGCCUGGGUGGCCCGGAUGUGGAAGGAUCCGGUUGUGCAGGAAUGUAAGAUUGAUGGUCGCCUGUUUGUGGAUCAUUACGACAAGUACAGGACAGGAAAACCGGACUUCACCAUUGGAGCAGACCCCAAACGUGCACCGGUAGAGGAGGCGCUGGAGAACCUGGAUGGUCUUCGUGAUCCUAAAACAAGAUUCAAGCAGACAUGAGGUUACCAGCUAAAUGUUUCCAUUGCUCUCUCAGAUCUUUUAACAAGAUUCACACAAUUAUGAGAAAGGAAACAAAACCAUUCCAGCUGUUAUAAUGUGUGCAGUUAUAUACUUUUUUCCCAAAUAUCCACGGGAUUUUGCUUCAGUCCAUGUUUUCAAAAGGGUUGGGAAGACACGUUUACAAUGGAGUCAUAUCCUUGUCUGUAUGGCCCUUGUCACGUCUCAGUAUUAUGUAUUCGAAGGCACAGUUUGUGCAGCAAACAUGACCCACAUGACUAACUGCAUGUUCUCAAAGGCAAAGGAUAUUACAUAAUAAUGCUUCACAGUAUAUUCAGUGGCAUUGCUUGUUUACCUUAGCUCACAACUGCUUGAGAUGGUGGCACUUUAAUAUUGCUACAUUGUUGCAACCCAUUCUUCUACAGGAGGGGUGGGUUAGCCUAGUGGUUAAAGCAGUCGCUAGUCACGCCAAAGACCCGGGUUUCGAUUCCCCACAUGGGUGAAACCCAUUUCUGGUGUCCCCUGCCGUGAUAUUGCUAAAAGCAGCAUAAAACUAAACUCACUUACUCAGUCAUUCUUCCACAUUACCACGGUGGUACCGUACCUAUUUCUGUGGGUUGCUGUAAUCAUAACCCAAUGAAGGCCUGUGUGACGUGGGUGUUUGUGUUGUGAACCAUUAAAUGUACACCUGUGAGUCAGGAUUCUGCAUCACAGAUGCAUCAUGCAGGAAGGUAGAUCUUCAUAAGUAUUGAAAACAUAACAAGCAAAUGUUUUUCUUGUGUGCUUAAUGUGAAAGGGAAACUCAAAUGUCAUGAUUUAUGAUAGAUGGGAGUUCCAAGCAUGGGUAACAGCAGUAAUUGAAAGUGUAGAAUCUCUGUAAUGGAUGUUUGCUGCAUAUUGUUUGUAUUUAUGUUUAUGUUUUGUUGUUUUCUUGAUUAAAAAAGGUUUUGUGUUAA